AUGUUUCAUUCCGCGGCCUCGAAAUCACCAGAGCAGGAGAACGACACCAAAGACCGGUCCCGGAUCCGAGCAUCAACGAACUUCUAUGACCGGAUCGUGACUGAUUGGUGGUGGUGGGAGAUACUCAGCUGGAUUAUUAGUUUCGUCUGUGUGGCGGCUAUAUUGGGUGUACUGUGGUAUUAUGAUGGUAGAAGACAGCCAGAACACUUGAUAACAGGCAUCACGCUCAACGCAUACGUUGCAGUCUUUGCUGCGGUUUCAAAAGCAGCAUUAAUAAUGCCUGUUUCCGAGGCGAUUAGUCAGUUGAAAUGGAUCUGGUUCCAAGAGGAGGCUGCACUAUGGGAUUUCCAACUUUUUGACGCGGCCAGUCGUGGGCCUUGGGGUGCGACUAUGCUACUUAUCAGAACACGAUGCAGGCAUGUUGUAUCCUUGGCUGCCUUGAUCACCAUACUAGGCCUAGCAUUCGAGCCUUUCUUCCAACAAAUCGUCACCUAUCCCGAUCGUACGAUGAUCGUUGGAGGUGGCUCGACAUGGGCUGCAUCAACUUUUGUACCCCAAUCUCUACCGAGCACUCGCCGGCUUGGUUUUGACAACAAUAACAGAGACCCGACAAUGACUUUGGCGAUCGACACCGUCCUCAACACCCCAGAAAUUGCUAUGAGACCCUCCACGGCGCAGUGCUCUACGGCAAACUGUACAUGGCCUUCGUAUGCCACACUUGGCGUCGGUCAUACAUGUCAAGACGUGUCUUACCUGCUCCAGUAUAUAUGCGAAAACAACACAAAACUAGCCCUGCCACAACAAGCCGUCUCGGCGGUGGAUCCCUGUGGCUACAAGGUGAACGAUACGUUCGUUACUGGCGUCGAAGGUAAUCUCGGUUUUCGCAAGGUGACCAGUUUAUCGACGUUGGUAGUCGAAACAUUUGAUUUUGAAUCUAGUGGCAACCACUUCUGGAACACCACAGCUUUUCACAAUUCGACUCUACCUAUCUUGGAUUUCUAUAUCGCUUAUACGCCAGGAGGUCCAGAAGCGGCGCUCAGAAACCAAACACCAGUAUUGCUAGAAUGUUUACUCACAUGGAAUGUUCAUACUAUUGAUUCCCGCAUUGUCAAUGGUAUGCUACAGGAAAGGGUACUAGAUACUGUCGUCGUACAGCCCCAGUCAUUGGACAAUAGCACCGCCUGGCCUAUAACCGCUAGUUUGGGCUCGAACAACACAUUCCAAAUUCUCAAUGGAAGCACUCAACUCCUCCGCGAUUGGAUCUUGUCGGAUUUUCCCUUUUAUCUGGAUCAAGAUCCUGCAUACGAUUUUGAGCUCUACUCUGGCAUGUGGAACUUUCAUCAGAUCCCGCCCUACGACUUCGAGAGUCAUAUCUCCAACCUUACGAAAGCUAUAACAAACGACAUGAAAUCACGGUCUUCUGGUAUGAGGCUCAUAGAAGGAAUAGCGUGGAGCUCGGAACGUUUUGUGAAGAUCCGCUGGGCCUGGAUCACGUUGCCCGCCGUAUCGCUCGUAGGAAGCUUGGUAUUAAUAUUUGCAACGAUUGUACAAGGAAGAAGGACCAAGGCGCCGCUAUGGAAAUCAUCUUCUUUGGCCACAUUACUACAUGGCUUGUCGGAAGAAACUAGAAACCUCGUGGAUCCAGAUCUGUCUCCCAGUCAAGUUGAAGCCAUGUCCGCAAGAUUAAGGGUACGACUUUCGUCUCGGAGUGGAAGCGCGCGGUUGAUAGCUUGA